AAUUUUCACCAAAUUCGGACAAGAGUAGUAAUUUUUUUUAUUCGGCUGAAAGGCAUUUAAGCUUCGACUCAGUUUUCUGAAUGGACAUCGAAAUAAUCCCUGGUCAACAUGUGUUUGGCCACCAUUCAUGGCCAUAAGCGAGAGUCGCCGCCUAGGCGUCGCUGUCAACUGCUGUGGAUUGGAUUGGUUUGUCCAGGACUGGAGCAGAGUGAAGGGGGCAUACUGGCCGGGCAAGUUGUGGCGCUUCCUCAACGCACUUGCCCAGUCGGAGGCACAUGAUCCGCCUCGUUCGCCUCCCUGUCCAGCCUAGAUGGUGACCCCAUUUCGAUUUCACUUCUAUCACUCUACUGCAAUUAAUCUCAUCUGCAUUUCGGCCUUAUGCGCUGGCCACGCCUUUCGGCUGUCUGCCCCAAGUGGCAACUUGAGACCGAGUUUGUUUAGGCCUAAUUUCCUUGCAGCGUUGUCAUUGCAGUCACUCUGUCAAGCGUUUUGCUAAUUGAUUUACUUGAAGGGAAAAGUUAUUGGCUAGCAGUCAUCCUUCACCGUGACCAUGGAAAACGUGUUAAAGCGACACAAUCAUUUGCUCCUCCUACUGCUCCUGCCACUUGUCAGCUUAUGUCCAAAUGCAUUGGCACUCAAUCGACAGGCGGAUGCUGCCCAGGAUUUGGAUAUGGCAGCACAGCUGGCGGAUGCGGAGGCCGAAGCUAGGCCGGAUUACUAUGUCGAUUCCCCGGAUACGCCGCACAUACGCAAGAAGCGACUCAUCUGGAUUACGGAUGAUGGCAGAUUGGCCCUGCCGCCGGGCACUUCGCUGACGUUCGUGCCAACCAUUGCCAUGCCUCUGGUUCGUCAUCCGCCCGAGGGAUUCUUUUCCAACCUGACCAUCAGUUUUCCCGUCACCAUUGACUUUGACAAACUGGGUCUGACAGACAACCAAAAUCCUCUCGGGGAUCUGCCGCCGUUGUUCGCCCGUUCGUUUGGUCAUGAGGCAGGACACAUGGUUGGUGAAUAUGUGGCCAGGUAUCUGCAUGUCCAGCGCAGAAAGAGGGAUCUCAGCGAGCAGCAGAGCAGAAGCAACGAGGAUCAUCCCUUUAAGAUACACGAAGAGGGUCCAAAGUAUCCAGAACUGCCUGCCGGACUGCAGCACAUUUUCCAUGGCGGAGAGAGGGUUCUGCUCUAUGGCGUAGUGGAGGACUUCCUUUCCACCUUUGGCAUGGAUGGCAGGGCCUGUUUGCUGAGAACCAUUUGCGAGAUGCACUCCCGCAGUUUGGAGAAGUUUGGUGUCUUUGGAGAAAUGACUAAGCUAUUUUUAACGGUAACCAAAUCGCCAUUUUCCGACCUGGUACCCGACUAUGUUCAAGCCCAGGAGGUGGGCGAGGGGAAGCAGGCUCCAGGAGAAUGUUUUCCCUACUUUAAGGACUGCCCGAAGAGUAUAUUUAAGGCCUUGUCCAGUAAAUAUAGCAAACCUGCUCCUGCAAGCAAGACGAAAAAGACCAAACCUACAGACAGACCGGUGGGCGAAUACCAUGAGGAGCAGGUGAUCCAGCUGCCCACCACUCGAGAUCAGGACAACAAUGUGUAUAUGUAGAACAAUUACCAACUCCCAUGCGAACGCCCAUUGUUGACCUCGUCUAGAUUUUAGGAUUACGAUUGAAUUGAG